AGGGCCACUUCGUGCUGGGCACGAGGCCGGGCCGGGGCAAGCCGCUGCCGGCCGUGCAGCGGCCCCGGCAGCCGAGCCCGCCGCCCAGGACGGAGCGACCCGCUGUGCCAUCGGAGCGACCCGCUGCGUCACCGGCCACCGGUUUCAGCAGUCAGCGGCUGAAUCAGCAUGGGUACAUCGGGCACCCAGACUGUGGCCUGGUGAGCCCCGAGGUACGCGCCGACUUUGACCAGCUGGAGCUGCGCCGGCGCCGGCGCUCGCCGCUGGACCGCUCCCAUGCCUCGGCCCCGCUGCUGGACCGCUCCCACGCCUCGGCUCCGGCCGACCCCUUCGCCAUCUACGACUCGCUGAAGUACGGCGAGGAGGAGGAGGUCCUCGAGUACGAGCCGUACACAGAGCCGCCGCCUGCCGAGACGGCAAUCGCCGGCCCUCACGGUCAGACGCCAGUGGCUGCCGCCCCACAGGGUCAGGAGCCAGCGACUGCCGGCCCUCACGGUCAGGCGCCAGUGGCUGCCGGUCCUCACGGUCAGGGGCCAGCGGCAUCCGGUCCACAGGGUCAGGACAUGGCGAGCUCCGGAAACGCAAGCGCGUCUCAGGGCCAGGGUCAGGUGUUCAGAGUGAAAUUCCUGCCGCCCGCGGCAGGCGAAGCCAGUCUGGUGUACGGAGACGAGGAAGAGGGAUACGCUCCGGACUUCGACGUCCCAGUAGAGGUGUUCGGCGAAACGUUUACAAUAAGAACGGGGAGAAAACAGGAUGAUCCAUAUGGGAUAUAUUCGCAAGAAUAUUUGGACAGUGUCAGCAAGCAGUUAAAAGAUGUUCACUACAUCACCGGCGGUGAAGACGCAAUCGUUGGGCGAUGGCCAUGGAUCGCUCUGAUUGGUGAGCGACUCCGGCGAAAAAUCUCUUGGUUUUGCGGUGGAGCCAUCAUCAACGAACGAUUUGUGGUUACCGCUGCCCACUGUCUGGGCAAGUUCCGAAAGAACCGGCUGGUGGUGCGCGUCGGCGAGUACGACCUGAACUCCGACACGGAUGCGUCGCACCAGGACCUCCUGGUGGACCGGAUCUACCUGCACCCCGAGUACGUGCACCGUCGCAAGCACCACGACAUUGCGCUGCUGCGGCUGAGUCGGGCGCUGCGGCUGGGCACACUGGUGCGGCCCGUGUGUCUGCCGCCUCGCGGAGUUGACCUCACCGGCCAGACAACCACCGUCGCCGGCUGGGGACACACCGAGUUCGGUGGCGAGACGUCGGCGGUGCUGCAGGAAGUACAACUGCCGCUGGUGAACACGACCGGCUGCGAGGCCCGCUACAGGACCCUCGACGACAGCUUCCAGGCGGACUUCGCGCCCGGCUUCGGCGACACUAAGAUAUGCGCGCACGACACGACGGGCGGCGGCAGGGACUCGUGCCAGGGCGACUCGGGCGGACCCAUGACCUACCAGGACCUGGCGUCCGGUCGCGUCCAACUGGUCGGCAUCGUGUCGUCGGGCGUGGGCUGCGGCCACCCAAAGUUCCCGGGCGUCUACACACGCGUGGCCAUGUACGUCGAUUGGAUUUUGGAGAAGGCCUUCAAAAGCCCAUGACCUCUGGCCGUUCACGUAGGCGGCUGGACAACUUCCUUGGUAUGCUGCUCGCUAACCUCUCUCACGUGCUCACGACCGUCUGAGGUCAGCCAGCAGCACUCCCAGCAAAAGCCAACGAACUGGAAGAAGUGAUCUCCUACUACGGUACUAAUGUGGAUGAUUCAACAUGGGCUUUGCUCUGGCAACACAUAGCUCAAUACCGGAACGAAGGUUUCUUGAGUGCAUGUCUGGGGCGUUUGUCGUUGUUUUCGUUUGAUAACAAUGUUUUUCCUGACGUCUGUCAUUGAACUGGGUGUGGAAUGCGUUGCCAUUGCACACAUAAUGGACGUGUAUUUGUUGCCAGUCUGCUUACGUGUAAGUAAACUAGCAUAUGUUGAGAUCAGCACGAGAGGUUCUGCCAGUGGUGCCAUGCGCAGCACGUCACUCACGUUAUAUAGAAUCGGCCGGAAAACGCACAAUCUACUGUAUUAACAGACGACGUGGGUGCAGAGUUGUGCUAAGAUCACAUUGAGCAUACUUGUUCUUAGAACUUACUUCAACCCGGUUGGCGAACUCACUCAUGUGUCUAUGGUGAGGUGCUGGGCUUACGUUUGACUCAUUCCGCGCGAUUUUUGCUUCGUAAUGCUUUGAAAUGAAAACAUGUGAUGAUAACAGUGAAUGCCUGUUUUUAAUGUAAUGGUGACGGAUGCCACUGACACUGUUCCAAUAACGCGUGUUUUGUCUUUCAAUCUUUCGUCUAAUGAACUCAUCUUUAUUGCAUGUACUCGUUUGGUGAAUCUGGAAUCUGUGAUUGCAUUUGCCGAAAAUAAUUAAAUAUGCUGAAACAUUCGUCUUUACCGCUGCUUGACAUUGCAUUGUUGUUUUAAAUAGCGCAGAAUGAACACCAACACUGCAUUUAUAGUACACCAACACAUUGCCGUCCCGUCCUUCAUGCGCUGAACCCACUGAAUACGGAAGGAAGCCGAUGUCCGUGCUCAACGCUCGCUUGGUUCGCUCUCGGCCCGAUUCGCCAGGAGGAGAGAUGACUACUGCGAAUCCUCUCAGCAAAUCCGAAAUCAUGCACAGACAUGGUAUCUGCAAGCGGCCGAUAUAAUGAAUAUAUUUGCUGACUAGGUACCUGCAUGCGAUGUCCGAGCUAUAUCUGUGAAUGCAACACAGAUCUUAUAUUGAUACUCAGGGUGAUAUUUAAGGGCCCACUGGUUUUGCCGAACUUCCAUGCAGAAAGGUAUAGGUCCGCUUAAUCCAGUGGCACCGCCCUCUGUGCCUUGGUUUGUCGUUGAUGUAUUACCGAACAUAUACAAUUUGGUUUUUCGCCCACUAUGCUAAAAAUGUUAUGACUCCCGUCCAACAUGUAUGUGAAUAAAUAUUUAUUGACCAAUAAAUUUGGCUCAA